GAACAAUCCAGACCUUGUUUGACCAAGCAUACCUUCAACAACAUUUCGACCAAUUCCUGCACAUAUAUUUCCCUGUGAACCAGCACAUAUCACACAUCCUUCCAUCAUGCAGAACGAGUACGGACAGGGCAUCUCCCACGCCACCGGUGGCUCCAGAGUACCGGAGAAAGUCCAGCAGAAAGCUCCCCAAGGACUAGAAGAGUCCUUGCCCAACAAGCUCCAUGACACCGGCUCCGGAACUGGUCGCCAGACUCACGCCCUCAACGACGGUGAAGACUCUAUUGUCCCCAAGAGCAUCCAGAAGGCCGUCCCUGAGAAGCUCGAGCGCGCACUGCCCAACAAGAUCCACAACACCGGUGAUGAAUAGAUGAUCUUGCAUAGCGGAACGUCUUCCGUGAUUGUGAUCCGUGACGAUACAGAAGUAUUUUUUUUCAUGGAGAAAUGAUUUAUGUCAUGUUGUAUUCAAUGUUAUGAAAUAUGAAAUAAUG